CUUGCCAUUCCUACAUCCCAUAUGUCCCCUCCAACUUCACACAUAGCCCAUACCAUAAACACUGUGCCAAAGGGCCAGAGAGGCUGAUAACAAACCAUGUUCUUUCUCCCACCGAAGGCAGCCGUAAUCUUAUCCACCUCGGUCGCCGCCGCCGCGGUGGCCGUGAUGGGAACCAUGUUACUAAAAACUCACCAUGACCACAACCUCCAUCUCUCUUCUUCUCCGCCACCGCUGCUGCUCACCUUCCUCCUCCACAGCAGCUCCGACGCCCUGUCCUCGUGGCUCACGCCCCCUUUUCUCUACCUCCUGGUCAACGCCAUCAUCAUCUCCAUCCUCGCUUCCUCCAAGCUCCAGUACUCCAAGACCGCCGCUUCUUCUAGCCCUGCUGCUGAUGACGUGUCAUUAUCAGGGUACGGUGGCUUCUCGGAGACCGAGGUGAUGAGUAGGAGUAGUGAUCUUGCGGAAGGGGGUCAGCUAGAAGAGCCGCCGGUGGAUGGUCAGAAGGCCACGGAGAGAGAGGAGGAUCAUGCACCGGCGUCGUCGGUCGUACCGCAUGGCGGUUGGGAUGACCGCCACCGUCGUGACAUGGCCGCCGCCACCGCGGAUGAUGAGUACUCCGGUGGCGGCGGUCUUACGAGAGAAGAGGAUAGAGAAGCCAAGCCUCCGGUUUCCUCCACGUUUGUACCCCGGAAAUCUGCACCACCACCCAACGGAUCAGCUACCAGCUUUAGUCAUCGGUCCAAAGGCGGCAGCGGUAGUAAGGCGGCGGCGGCGGGAUUGGGGAUAUCGAAGUCGGGGAGGCGGGACGAGACGCUGGAGAGCACGUGGAAGAUGAUAACGGAAGGGCGCCGCGUGCCGUUAACUCGACACCUCAAGAAAUCGGACACGUGGAACACGGGACACGUGGCGGCCCCGUCGUCGUCGGCGGGGAAGGUGAUGAAGAAAUCCGAGACGUUUAGAGAUGCCGGGAAAAGUGGUGGGAGGAAGAAUGAGAUGGGUGCAACGACGUCGGAUACGGUUGGGAGAAGAGCAGCGAAGAAGAGGGAGCCGUCGCUGGGCCAGGAGGAGCUGAACCGGCGGGUGGAGGCGUUCAUCAAAAACUUCAACGAGGAGAUGCGGCUGCAGCGGCAGGAGUCCCUCAAUCGCUACAGAGAGUUGCUCCGGGCCGGAGGAGUCGUUUCGUUUUGAGUUCACCGGAGGAGGAUUCUGAAUUAUGGUUAUAGACUAGUUAUAGUUAGUAGACGUGUAGUCUUUCUCAAACCAAACGGAAUUGAGAUUAUCCCUCCCUGCUUAAAUUACCCGAUAAAAAAUAAAGAUUGUAA